AUGAUCGAAAUGCCCCAGCAAGACGUGAUUAUCAUCGGCGCAGGUGUCGUCGGCUUGACCUUAGCACAUGGUCUCACGAAGGAGGGCAUUCCCUUUCAGAUAUUCGAGCGUGACGAGAGCGUUUCUGCUCGAGGGCAAGGUUGGGCCAUCACGAUACACUGGGCGCUACCAUAUCUCAAGGAGAUGCUUGCGCCUGGGGUCAUGCAAGAAGUCGAAGGCGUGCAAGUCGACCCUGCAGUUGGACGAGACGACAAUGGAAACUUCCUGUUCCUCAACCUGUCAAACUGUGAGACCAAAUUUCGCAUUCCUCCCUCGGAAAGGCGGAGGGUUAAUCGAGAGAAGUUGCGGGCUGUGCUUCUCGAAGGCGUCAAAGAUCACGUUCGGUGGUCAAAGAGAUUAUGCAAAGUCGAGGUCGGUGAGAACGAUCACGGUGUGAAGGCGUACUUCGAGGAUGGCACUUCUGUCUCAGGAGCUUUACUGGUGGGAGCUGAAGGUAGCAAUUCGACGGUGCGCAAGUUCUUAUGCCCGGCAAACUACCGGAACAACCAGUUACCCAUUCGGUUUGUCGGGUCGGGCGUCGAUAUGACCAGGGAUCAAGUGGCGCCCUUGCGAGCCCUGGAUCCUCUUCUCUUCCAGGGAUGUCACCCGGAUACUUCGUGCUACAUGUGGGUGUCGAUGCUGGAAGUGCCCGAGAUCAAUGGCACAGCAGGCACCGACAAGGAGAGAUACCGCGUUCAGAUCAACUUGUCUUGGCCCGUGAAAAGCAACGAAGAUGAAGUGAAAGUUGAGAACGAAGAGCGACUUCGAGACAUGAAAAGAAGGGCAUCAGUGUUCGCUCCGGUCCUGAAAACUGCUGUGGAAUCCAUUCCAGACGAUGCGCCGGUUCUUGAGAUCAAACUUGCAGAUUGGCCAUGCCCGGACUGGGACAAUCGGCAAGGCAGAGUCACUCUAGCUGGUGAUGCAGCUCAUGCCAUGACCAUGUAUCGUGGGGAGGCUGCCAAUCACGGCAUGCUCGAUGCCUACCAUCUGUGUCAAGCUUUGAAGAAGAUCAGCACCGAAGAGCAGCCACAACAGGAUGCCAUUGAUCAAUUUGAGCAGGCGAUGAGGGCGAGGACUAGCCGCGCUGUGCUCAUGAGCCGACAAGCAUGUUUUGACGCGCAUGACUGGGCCAGGCUGGACGAGAAGUCAGCUAUUCUUACAAAGAGAGCAGUGGUAGCAAAUUGA